GUUCAAUUUCAGUUAUAAUUCUGUCCUCAAUGCGGUAGCAAGCAUUCUGCUUCAUAAAUUAUAAGACGAGGGCACUUAAUAAAAAAUUUUAAAAACACAAUUCUAACAUAAAUUUCUACAUAUUUGAUUAAUUCGUUGCCGCUAUCGUUUUAUCGGGUGCUAAGUUACUAUUAGAUAAAGUCUAUUUCCCUUUUUUCUGCUUUUUCUGAUAAAUUCUCAAGACGAAUAAAAUAAUAAGAAAACAUACAAAACAACGUGCCUUGUCCAACUCGUUUUGUUUUUAUUCACAUUUAAGUAUAGUCCGUUGUGCAUCUUUGUGUUUAAUCAAGAUAUAAGAAUAAGAUACUUUUACGGAAUACGUAUUUCGAGCCAAAACGAAUUGUUUUCUCUAUUUUUUUUUUAAACCGACCGACGUGUAUUUAUUUUUUUUGAUGAAAUCCGGAUACUGUGAAUUAAUAAAAUAGCAACGACAAUUAAAAAUUAAAUUUAUACAAAAAUAACAAAUUCUUGCCAAUUAUUGAAAAGGAGGUUCUCUAUAAAAAUUAUAAACGACUUAAAACAACAACAAACAAAAAACGAGAUAACAAAAAUUAAUAAUAUGCAAUUCUUGUAGUAAAGUGAUUGAAAUUAUAAACAAAACCAAAUAAAAUAAAAGAAGGAAAAAGAAAUCAUAUUAUAAAAUAAAAUUAAAGAUAAAAAUAAAUAAAUAAAUAAUGAAGUGGUAUUUUAGAAUAAAGAACAGCCUAGGCACUUGCUUUGGGUUCUUAUCGCUAAGUUUAGCGGUAUUGUUUAUUUCAAUAGAACCCGGCGAUGCAAUAAAAUGUUACAAAUGUCAAGUAUCUCCAUCUAUAUAUAAAAUAGGCAAUAUAACAAAUUCCAAACCAUUGUGUUCAAAAUUCGAUGAAUCAGAUGAAUACAUAACUGAGUGUGAAUAUUCGACAAUGUGUGUUAAACAAAUUUCUAGGCUAUAUUUGCAAAAUGGAACUGUAGAUACAGUGACCAGAGGAUGUGCUAGCCAGAAGUAUACCGAUCAGGUUCUUAAACAAGGUGCAUGGCGUGUAGAGCAUAAAGUAGAAGAGCCCUACAAAGAAGGCUGUGAAGAAUUCAAGGAAAAUAGCCUGUCAGGUUCGAGUUCAACGUACUGCUAUUGCCGCGGCAACUUGUGUAAUUUUGCAAUAAAGAAUGACCCAACGAAUCAAUUGCUUAUAAAUGCAAUGUUUGUGAUAUUUGUAUUUAAUGCAUUGAAAUAUUUUUCAAAUCGUUCCAUAAUUUCAAUAUUGUGAACAAGAAGAACACAAAAUAAACCUAUAUUUAUCUAGAAUACAAUAAUUAGGUAAACUCCUUCGACAUAAACUCGAAUUUAUCUUUUGUAUAGUUUUCAAAUAGUAACAAAAAACUAAACGAAUAUUUUUCUUAAAAUGAAAAUUCUCAAGGACCCUUAAGAUUUUUUUUUUUAAAUUUGUUUAUUGUUUUUAUUUUAUUUCUCGAAAUAACCACGAUUUCUUUUAAACCUAGAACAAUUUAAAUGCCUUUAAACAUACUUUAGUAAUAUCAAAAAAUAAUUUUCAAUAUCAGUCUCAAAGAUCUUAGUUUUCUGUAACUCCUUAUCAUGUCGGAGGAAAAUCCUUGUAGCACUGCACUUAUUACUUGUAUACUUUAGAAUUUAGUUAAAAGAAAAAAACAAUAUGAAUGUGUAUUAUUCAUAGAAACUAGAAAACAAUCAAAAAUUAUUUAUAAAAUAAAAAAAUAUCAAAAGAGAAGAAUAACGAAACUAUAUGAUGAGAAAUAUAAAAUGAUAUUAAAAAAUAAAGCUUUGAAGACUUUUUCAAAGAAAAUUAUUGUGAUAUAAAAAGAUACUAUACAAAUAUAUACAUAAUUAUAUAUUCAUACAUGUACUGUACUGUUAUUAUGUUUAAAACAAAAUAUAUCAUUAUAAUAAUUAUAAAAAAAUAAA